AACCACACCUCUCCUUUGCCUUUGCCUCACAUCCUCCAGAUUUUUUACUUCAAAUCAUUCUUUCUUUGCAGUCCUGGGAUGGUCUCGACCAUUUCCGGUCAAAGGAUAGGGCGUUCCUUAUGAACAACGACAACCAUCAAGUGGAGUUGGCCACCAGGUCCCGCAAGGUAUCUUGAAUUCCAUUCGUGGGGCAGCUCAUGUCCUUGACAACCGUUUCUCGCGAUCAAUUUCUAACACACACUUCGACAUGCUAGAGACCUCACACUGAGAUGUCAUACUCCGAUUACCAAAGCCGCUCACAUUGGGCUCACCGCGACCAAUCUAGCUCCUCGCCAUCUUCCUCACAUCAUCAUGGUCACCCCCUCAGUCUCCCGAUACCGCAGUCGAGAUAUCAAGGACAUGGAUUUGAUUUUCGCCGCCCAAUAAUGUCUACAAGCACACCGUCUCGUAUGGAGGAGGUUGUCGACCUGACGAACGAGCCAGAUUCUCCUCCAGUGCAGCUCACCCGUCGUCUACCGUCUCGCAGCCAUUCAUCGAAUGGGAGUAGACCUCACCGGCCGCCGAGAUUUGGAAGAAAUAUAAUGGCAGACGUCGUCGACUUAGAGGAAGAUGAGGAUGAAGACCAGGUUGAAUCAACCGAAGUAAUCAACCUUGACCCUCCAAGCAGUCCUGAAGUGCAAUUUGUCAGAGCCACAGCACGUCCUCCGGCUUUUACUGCCCCGAGCCAUUUGCUCGAUGUCAUCAAUUUCCAUGCACAGCAAGGGUUCCUUUCCACACAAGAGGCCUUCAGACAGGAGAUUGCUCUUCAAACACGCCGGAUGGGCCGAUAUCGAUCAAGUAGGCCAAAUAUGGACGAGAUCUUCCAUACUGGCGAUACGAAUCCGAAUAUUGACCUUCCAAUUGACUUGGAUUAUCAAGCUCCUGGUUUUACUAUUCAUGAACCGCCACGCACACCACCACCGUCCUACAAACCUCCCAGUCCGCCGCCAAAAGGAUUCACAAGAACAGUUGGCGAAGAUGACGUCGUCGUAUGUCCAAAUUGCGAUCGAGAAUUGGGCCUCGGCGACGGUCCCCGUCAACAGAUAUGGGUUGCAAAACCGUGUGGCCAUGUAUAUUGUGGAGAAUGCGCAAUCAACCGUGCAAUGUCCAAAAAGAGGGCCAUAACUUCAUCACCAGCUCUCAGGACAACAAAACCUUUUGCGAAGUGCAAAGUCGCCGGUUGUGAAAAGCAAGUUAGUCAGCCAAAGUCUAUGUUUCAGAUAUAUCUGUGAUCUAGAAAGAUAUUUCAUUUCGUUGGGCGUUUCGGUCUCUUUUUGUAUUGGUCAUUGGCUGGAGCUCACGCGGUUCAAUUUCAGGAUAUUUUUUUGGUCACAUUUUGGCAUGGAAGGGUGAUUGUACGCUAUUUUUACGAGAUUUAUCAUAGAUACCCAUGCUUUUCGAACUUGUUUCAUACGAAUGAUAUAUCAU